UCUCUCUCUCUCUCUCUCUGUUUCCUUUUCAUUCUGCUUCCCCGGAGCCGAAUGAAGCAGGGAGCAGGAUUAGAGUCUGCCACCGGCUAUAAGAAGAGCCUAGAUAAAAGGAACUGCUUCUUAAGCACCACUGCGGUAGCCCUUGUUAAUUUUUUUUUUCUUCCACACAACAGUUGUGCCUCAUUAUCCGGUGGCUGCUUCGAUUUUUUUCUCUUUUUUUUUUUUGAGGUUUUGAAGUUUCUGUGCUUCAGUGACUGUUACAGAAGAAGAGGUAUUCGUGUUGCGGUGAAGCCUUGAUUGUCUGCAUUUAUGAAUGAAACUGACCUAAAUCACCUGUUACCUCCAGUUUUCAGAUUGUUUGAACUUCUGUGGCCGCACAAUACAGGAGGGGAGGCUGAAGCAGCAUAGGACCUACAGCGUCUUCAGCAUGGGCUGGCACACUAGGAUUGUCUGUCUUUUCUGGGGAGUAUUACUUACAGCAAGAGCAAGCCAUCAAAAUGGGAAGAACAAUGUGCCAAGGCUGAAAUUAUCCUACAAAGAAAUGUUGGAAUCCAACAAUGUUAUCACUUUCAAUGGCUUGGCCAACAGCUCCAGUUAUCAUACCUUCCUUUUGGAUGAGGAACGGAGCAGGCUGUAUGUUGGAGCAAAGGAUCACAUAUUUUCAUUCAACCUGGUUAAUAUCAAGGAUUUUCAAAAGAUUGUGUGGCCAGUGUCUUACACCAGAAGGGACGAAUGCAAGUGGGCUGGGAAAGAUAUUCUGAAAGAAUGUGCUAAUUUCAUCAAGGUGCUUAAGGCUUAUAAUCAGACUCAUUUGUACGCCUGUGGAACUGGGGCUUUUCAUCCAAUUUGCACCUACAUUGAAAUUGGACAUCAUCCUGAGGACAACAUUUUUAAGCUGGAAGACUCCCAUUUUGAAAAUGGCCGUGGAAAGAGUCCAUAUGACCCUAAACUGCUAACAGCAUCUCUUUUAAUAGAUGGAGAAUUAUACUCUGGGACGGCAGCUGAUUUUAUGGGGCGAGACUUUGCUAUCUUCCGAACUCUUGGGCACCACCACCCAAUCAGGACGGAGCAGCAUGACUCCAGGUGGCUCAAUGAUCCAAGGUUCAUUAGUGCCCACCUCAUCCCAGAGAGUGACAACCCUGAAGAUGACAAAGUAUAUUUUUUCUUCCGUGAAAAUGCAAUAGAUGGAGAACACACUGGAAAAGCCACUCAUGCUAGAAUAGGUCAAAUAUGCAAGAAUGACUUUGGGGGGCACAGAAGUCUGGUGAAUAAAUGGACGACCUUCCUCAAAGCUCGUCUCAUUUGCUCAGUGCCAGGUCCAAAUGGCAUUGACACUCAUUUUGAUGAAUUGCAGGAUGUAUUCCUAAUGAAUUCUAAAGAUCCUAAAAAUCCAAUUGUAUAUGGAGUGUUUACAACUUCCAGUAACAUCUUCAAGGGGUCAGCCGUGUGUAUGUACAGCAUGAGUGAUGUGAGAAGAGUGUUCCUCGGUCCAUAUGCUCACAGAGAUGGCCCUAAUUACCAGUGGGUGCCUUACCAAGGAAGAGUCCCCUACCCACGACCAGGAACGUGUCCCAGCAAAACAUUUGGUGGAUUUGACUCUACAAAAGACCUUCCCGAUGAUGUUAUAACAUUUGCACGAAGCCAUCCAGCCAUGUACAAUCCAGUGUUCCCUAUAAAUAACCGUCCAGUAAUGAUCAAAACAGACGUAAAUUAUCAGUUUACACAGAUUGUAGUGGACCGAGUGGAUGCAGAAGAUGGCCAGUAUGAUGUCAUGUUCAUCGGAACAGAUGUUGGAACAGUUCUUAAAGUAGUUUCAAUUCCUAAGGAGACUUGGCACGAUUUAGAAGAAGUUCUGCUGGAAGAAAUGACAGUUUUUCGGGAACCAACUACUAUUUCAGCAAUGGAGCUUUCCACUAAGCAGCAACAACUAUAUAUCGGCUCCAUGGCGGGGGUCGCCCAGCUCCCGUUACACAGAUGUGAUAUUUACGGCAAAGCCUGUGCUGAGUGCUGCCUCGCCCGAGACCCUUACUGUGCCUGGGAUGGCUUUUCAUGCUCGCGCUAUUUUCCUACUGCAAAGAGACGCACAAGACGACAAGAUAUAAGAAAUGGAGACCCACUAACUCACUGUUCAGACUUACAACACCAUGGUAAUCACCAUGGCCAUAGCCUUGAAGAAAGAAUCAUCUAUGGAGUAGAAAAUAGUAGCACGUUCCUGGAAUGCAGCCCCAAAUCACAGCGAGCUCUGGUCUAUUGGCAAUUCCAGAGGCGAAAUGAAGAGCGAAAAGAAGAGAUUCGAGUGGAUGAUCAUAUCAUCAGAACUGAGCAAGGUCUUCUCCUGCGCAGCCUACAGCGGAAGGAUUCAGGCAAUUACCUGUGUCAUGCCGUGGAACACGGGUUCAUGCAGACUCUCCUUAAAGUGACCCUGGAAGUCAUUGACACGGAGCAUUUGGAAGAACUUCUUCAUAAAGAUGAUGACGUAGAUGGCUCCAAGACCAAAGAAAUGUCCCACAGCAUGACCCCUAGCCAGAAGGUCUGGUACAGAGACUUCAUGCAGCUCAUCAACCACCCCAACCUGAACACGAUGGAUGACUUCUGUGAACAAGUUUGGAAAAGGGACCGAAAACAACGUCGGCAAAGGCCAGGACAUGCCCAAGGGAACAGUAACAAAUGGAAGCACUUACAGGAAAACAAGAAAGGUAGAAACAGGAGGACCCACGAAUUUGAGAGGGCACCCAGGAGUGUCUGAGCUGCGUUACCUCUAGAAACCUCAAACAAGUAGAAACUUGCCUAAGACAAUAACUGGAAAAAAAUGCAAUAUACAUGAACUUUUUUCAUGGCAUUAUGUGGAUGUUUACAAUGGUGGGAAAUGCAACUGAGUCCCACCAAUUAUAAAUUAAGUCCAUGAGUAACUUUCCUAACAGGCUUUCUUCCUAAUACCAACAUGUAAUUGAGGUCAGGUGAAUGCAGACGUUCACUUUAGCAGACUUAAUGUUUCCUAUGGGAUUUCAUUGUACAGGUUUCACUUUCUUCUUUGCCUGAGAAAUAAAAACGUCAUUUGCCAUAUUGCCAUUUAAGAAGAAAAAUUGCAUCAGCAAAGCCAUUAUUGAACUAAAACUUUAAAAUAAACUGCAUGGAUUUAGUAAGCUGAUGAAUAUUCCAAAACGUAGUUGGAUUCAAGGAUAUUUUUUUGUCUACCAGCACUUGUGUUUAUAUGUACUGGAGGAGUAAGAUGAUACUGAAUGAAAUGGUCUGUGGAAAUAUAAAAACAUAAACCAUCCAUCAUCCAGAAGAAAAAUGGAAUACACUGAUCUACUACUGAUGUCUUCUUUCAGCUUUGAUCUAAAGAUGUAUUUUAUUAAAACUAUAAUUUAAAUGUACCAUGACAAAUAUGCAGUAAAAUUUAGCUCUUUUCUAAGCUAGAGUAGGUUUUUGUCUUACAAUAAUUGCGCUAUAUAGUUUUUGUUUUAAAAAUUCCAAUUGUGUGCUGCUUUUUUUUCAACAUUUUGUUUGCAGUUCUGCAAGAGGGAUAGCUGAUACUGUUUUAGAAACAUAUGUACAUCAUUAACAGUUAAUUCCUAAAACCCAGAUGUAAAUUAUGCUUUAUGUCUCUGAGGAUUUCAGGCAACUAACACCUCCCCUUCUUUAAGUAUUAUCUAAAAUAAUGUUAACCUGCAAAUGUUCUUAGAAAAACAAAGCAUUUAACCAGCAAAAAAAGGAAAAGAAACAAAUUGAUUUAUUAAAUGCAUUUUGUUGUACCU